UUAGUGUGUUAAUUGGUGCUAUACGAGCUCUUUAAUCAGUUUCCAAAUGUUCCUUAAUGAAGGGAUCUUUUCAUUUACCCUCGCUCCCCGAAGCGCUAGGAAGGAACUCUACCACUGAACUAUAUCCCCGGCCCUCGAGAACUUUAAACCUAAGGGAAAUACGAAGUAUUGAAGCCCACUUUCCUCCCCAGCUCCCAGCCAGGGCGCGCUCGGCUCCCCCUUCUUCUCCGCGCGUCCCGCAGGCCUCUCCCCGCCCUGUCGCCUCUCCCGCGGGAAGAAGGCCCUUCUCUGUAACACACCGCUUUUCUAAGCACAAAACCGUUCCCGUUUACCCGGAGGGCAAGCCGCAGGUUUCCGCCCCGCCCCCUUCCGCCUUCCGGUGCUCUUGGACUCUGCCCGCCCCGGACCCGCCUGGCCUGGCCAUGGCUCCGCUCCGCUUCUCGGCCAAUCUGUCCUGGCUGUUCCCCGAGCUCCCCGGCCUUCCCGAGCGGCUCCGGGCCGCGGGCAGCUCGGGCUUCGAGGCCGCCGAAGUGGCCUGGCCGUACGCGGAGCCGCCCGAGGCGCUGGAGCGCGCCGCGCGGGACGCAGGCCUGCAUCUGGUGCUGAUCAACACGCCCCCGGGAGACCAAGAGAAGGGGGAGAUGGGGCUGGGGGCCGUGCCUGGGAGGCAGGCGGCUUUCCGAGAGGGGCUGGAGAAGGCGGUGCUGUACGCCAAGGCUCUGGGCUGCCCCAGGAUCCACCUGAUGGCUGGCCGAGUACCCCAGGGGGCUGACCCAGCAGCAGUCAGGAGCGAGAUGGAGACAGUUUUCUUGGAGAACCUGAGGCAUGCAGCUGAGGUUUUGGCUCAGGAGCUUUAUUCACAGCAUCCAACAUGGUGCCAGGAGAACCUCGUGGGAUUGCUGGAGCCCAUUAACACCCGAAUCACUGACCCUCGGUACUUCCUGGACACACCCCAGCAGGCGGCAGCCAUCUUACAGAAGGUUGGAAGACCCAACCUCCAACUACAAAUGGACAUAUUCCAUUGGCAGAUCAUGGAUGGGAACCUGACGGGAAACAUCCGGGAGUUCUUGCCCAUUGUUGGUGAGGGGGCUCCCUUCCUUUUUCUUGCUGGUCUGCUCUGCUUCCUUGUACACCCUUUUAGCCUCCACUGUCCCUCAGGCCUCAAUGGGAGCCUUGUCCCUUGUCUCCCCACAUCUGUCCCCAGGGCAUGUGCAGAUAGCACAGGUCCCGGGCCGAGGGGAGCCAGGCAGUCCUGGGGAGCUGUGCUUCCCCUACCUAUUCCAGCUGCUGGAAGAUGAAGGCUACCAAGGCUUUGUGGGCUGCGAGUAUCGGCCUCAAGGAGACACAGUAGAGGGUCUGAGUUGGCUCCAUUCAUAUUGGGAUAGGCGGGGCCGCCCACGGGCUGGCGAGUGAGGUCCUGCAUACCACCCACCGCUCUGGGACAGUGAGCAUCUGCAUCUCCUCUGAAUUAAAGAUGCCUUGUGGAAUACUUUCA